UUCAUUGAUUUUGAACCAUAGCUACCAUAUUCAUUCCACCCAUCACAUUUAGUCACUCUACUUCACCCGCAACAGCGGGAAUUCGUAGAGAAAGAGCUACAUAUAUGGACAUUUUUUCUGUCUUUGUUUGUAUCUUCCUCUUUCUUUCAACACUCUUUUUGUAUCCAUUAAUAAAGAAACUCAAGAAAAACCAACACAUAACCAAGCCUAAGCUUCCACCAGGCUCAUUGGGUUGGCCUUAUAUUGGAGAAACUCUUCAACUCUACUCUCAGGACCCUAACAUCUUCUUUGCUUCAAAACAGAAAAGAUAUGGGGAAAUUUUUAAAACACACAUUCUAGGGUGUCCGUGUGUGAUGCUGGCUAGCCCUGAAGGUGCAAGGUUUGUGCUGGUGACUCAUGCUCACUUGUUCAAGCCAACAUACCCCAAAAGCAAGGAGAAGCUGAUUGGCCCUGCUGCAUUGUUCUUCCACCAAGGAGACUACCACACUCGCAUCAGGAAGCUUGUCCAAACCUCACUUUCUCCUGAAACGAUUCGAAAACUCAUCCCCGACAUCGAAACUGAGGUGGUUUCCUCCUUGGAAUCGUGGGUUUCUGCUGGACAGGCCAUUAAUGCUUUCCAAGAAAUGAAAAAGUUCUCUUUCAAUAUUGGUAUACUUUCUGUCUUUGGGACCUUGGAAGGCUAUUAUAGGGAGAAGCUUAAGGAAAAUUAUCGCAUAGUUGAGAAAGGGUACAAUUCUUUCCCAACCAGAAUACCUGGCACUGCAUACUCCAAAGCACUCUUGGCACGGAAGAGAAUCAGGGAGAUUAUAAGUGAGAUAAUUUGCAAGAGAAAGGAGCAGAGAUUGAUUGAGAAGGGUCUAUUAGGCGACUUGCUGAACUACAAGGAUGAAAAGGGACAAACCCUGAAUGAUGACCAAAUUGCUGAUAAUGUAAUUGGGGUACUAUUUGCAGCUCAAGAUACUACAGCAAGUGUUCUAACGUGGAUUCUCAAGUAUCUUCAUGAUGACCAGAAACUUCUUGAAGCAAUAAAAACAGAGCAAACGGCACUGUAUGAAUCCAAUGAAGAAGGGAAAAUGCCAUUGACAUGGGGUCAAACCAGAAAUAUGCCAAUUACGUAUAGGGUAAUAUUGGAAAGCCUGAGGAUGUCAAGCAUCAUAUCAUUCACCUUUAGGGAAGCUACGGUUGAUGUGGUGUACAAAGGAUGUCUUAUCCCAAAGGGUUGGAAGGUAAUGCCACUGUUCAGGAACAUCCACCAUGAUCCAGAAUUCUUCCCUGCUCCUCACAAUUUUGACCAAUCAAGAUUUGAGGUUGCACCAAAACCCAAUACUUUCAUGCCAUUUGGCAAUGGAGUGCACUCUUGUCCAGGAAAUGAGCUUGCGAAAUUGAACAUGCUGAUACUGAUUCACCAUCUAGUAACCAAAUUCAGGUGGGAGGUAGUGGGAUAUCAAAGUGGAAUUCAAUAUAGCCCAUUCCCAGUCCCUCAGCAUGGUCUACCAGCAAAAUUUUGGAGAAAAGAAUUAGACUCAAAGAAGAUUUAAUUAUAUAAAAAUCUUCAUGUAUCCAUAUAUAAGAAAUAAUUUAGAUAUUAUUCCUUGCCACCCCAAUUCCCUAAUCUUAUUUCCUCCACCUUAACCCAACCUAGAACCUCCUAUUUUAUAGUGAGGCUACGUUAUUUCCCUUGGUUCUCUUCCAAGUAAUAUUUAACCUCAACUUAUGCUAUUGUACAGGGUGGCAUAUCUAGCUUAGCAUCAUUAAUUAAUCUGAGCAUGUAAAAUUAAAGGUAGUAAUGAAUAUAUUAUCAACUCAU